AGGGUCCCAGUGCCUUACUCAUGUGCUCAUCGCCCUUCUGUCGCCCACUCCUCAACGAUCUCUAACAGCUCCCAUCAUGCCUCUGGGCAGCGAACCUGCACUCCAAAAGUGGACAUCAUGUUCAUGAAAACCCAUAAAACAGCUAGUAGCACUUUCCUCAACAUUCUCUUUCGCUUUGGCGAAAAACACCACCUCAAAUUUGCCUUCCCCAACAGCCGCAAUGACUUCUUUUACCCGUCCCCUUUCCAUCGCUCACAAGUCAAGGACUACAGGCCGGGAAUGUGUUUCAACAUCAUCUGUAACCACAUGCGUUUCAAUGCUGCUGAGGUGGCCAAAGUGCUUCCCGCCGACACCUCGUACAUCACAAUCCUCCGGGACCCGGCUGAUCUCGCUGAGUCUUCGUUCCACUAUUUUGGACGCGUUGUACCUCUCACUUGGAAGCUUUCUGGAGAUGAGAAGCUGAGAGAGUUCCUGAAGGAUCCGAAGCUCUACUACGACCCAGAGGGAUUCAACUCGUUCUAUCUCAAAAACUUGCUUUUCUUUGACUUUGGACAGGAUAAUAACUUACAUCCAGAUGACCCAAAA